GAAGUGAGCGGCGGCCUCAGCGGCAACCGGGGCCGCCUCACGCCGGAUCCGAGGCGGCGGAAAGGCCCGUCUCCUCCGGACUGGGGGGAGCGGGACGCAUACGAGGGCCCCUCGCAGGCCCAGCACGGGAGGACUACAAGCCCCAUCGGGCACCGCGGCAGCGCCAAGGGCCUACCUUCCAGGCCGAGACCCCCCAUCCAGCUGAGGCGGCGCCGGUCAUGGCCGGAGGGGCAGCGGACCGCGAGGAUUAGAAGAAUCCUUGUGGUCUUCCUGAUUUCGUCAUCCGUUCAUUUGGUCCCCGUGCUAAUCCUUUGCCAUGUUGAAGUUAAAGUGCUCGGAGUCGGUCAGAGUCGUCGUACGAUGCCGGCCAAUGAACAGCAAAGAGAAAGUGGCAUCCUAUGAACAAGUGGUGGAAGUGGACGUGAAAUUGGGUCAGGUCUCCGUGAAGAACCCAAAGGGAACAUCUCAUGAACUUCCAAAGACGUUCACCUUCGAUGCCGUUUAUGACUGGAGCUCCAAACAGUUUGAGCUUUACGACGAGACUUUCCGGCCGUUGGUGGACUCGGUUCUCCAAGGGUUCAACGGGACCAUUUUUGCUUACGGGCAAACCGGGACGGGGAAAACGUACACCAUGGAAGGCGUGCGUGGAGAUGCUGAGAAAAGAGGGGUCAUCCCCAACUCCUUUGACCACAUCUUCACCCACAUUUCCCGGUCUCAGAACCAGCAGUACCUGGUCAGGGCCUCCUACUUGGAGAUCUACCAAGAAGAAAUCAGAGACUUGCUCUCCAAGGACCAAUCCAAGAGGCUGGAGCUGAAGGAGAGGCCCGACACGGGGAUCUACGUCAAAGAUCUCUCGUCCUUCGUCACCAAGAGCGUGAAAGAAAUCGAACACGUCAUGAAUGUGGGGAACCAGAAUCGUUCGGUGGGCGCGACCAACAUGAAUGAGCACAGUUCCCGCUCCCAUGCCAUUUUCGUCAUCACCGUCGAAUGCAGUGAGGUUGGGCUCGAUGGGGAGAACCACAUACGGGUCGGGAAGUUGAACCUGGUGGACCUCGCGGGCAGCGAGCGCCAGUCCAAGACCGGAGCCCAGGGGGAGAGGUUGAAAGAAGCCACCAAGAUCAACCUCUCCCUCUCUGCCUUGGGCAACGUCAUCUCCGCGCUUGUGGACGGCAAAAGCACCCACAUUCCCUAUAGGGACUCCAAGCUGACCCGGCUUCUCCAGGAUUCCUUGGGGGGAAACGCGAAGACCGUGAUGGUCGCCAACAUUGGCCCCGCCUCCUACAACGUGGAGGAGACCUUGACUACGCUGAGAUACGCCAACCGUGCCAAGAACAUCAAGAACAAGCCAAGGGUCAACGAAGAUCCCAAAGACGCUCUCCUGCGGGAAUUCCAAGAAGAAAUUGCUCGCCUGAAGGCCCAGCUGGAGAAAAGAUCCAUCGUCAAGAGGAAGAAGAAGGAGAGGAGGAGAGAUGGCGGCAUCGGCGAGGAGGAGGAGGAAGAGGAGGAGGAAGAGGAUGGGGAAGAGGAUGGGGAAGAAGAGGAAGGGGCGGACAAAGAUGACUACUGGAAAGAGCAACAAGAGAAGCUGGAGAUCGAGAAGAAGGCCAUCCUGGAGGACCACAGCUUGGUGGCCGAGGACAAGAUGAGGCUGCUGAAGGAGAAGGAGAAGAAGAUGGAAGACCUGAAACGGGAGAAAGAAGCCGCUGAAAAGCUGGGAGCUAAAAUCAAGGCAAUGGAGAGCAAGCUCCUUGUCGGUGGGAAGAACAUCGUGGAUCACACCAAUGAGCAGCAGAAAAUCCUGGAACAGAAACGGCAGGAGAUCGCUGAGCAGAAACGACGGGAACGAGAAAUCCAACAGCAAAUGGAAAGUCGGGAUGAAGAAACCUUGGAGCUGAAGGAGACCUACAGCUCCUUACAGCAGGAAGUGGACAUCAAAACUAAGAAACUGAAAAAGCUGUUUUCUAAGCUGCAAGCUGUGAAGGCCGAAAUCCACGACCUGCAGGAGGAGCACAUCAAAGAGAGACAAGAACUGGAACAAACCCAGAACGAACUGACCCGGGAACUCAAGCUGAAGCACCUGAUCAUCGAGAACUUCAUUCCUCUGGAAGAGAAGAACAAGAUCAUGAAUAGAUCCUUCUUUGACGAGGAGGAGGACCAGUGGAAGCUUCACCCCAUCACCCGACUGGAGAACCAACAGAUGAUGAGAAGGCCAGUGUCCGCUGUGGGGUACAAGAGACCCCUCAGUCAGCAUGCGAGGAUGUCCAUGAUGGUCCGUCCAGAAGCUCGGUACAGGAAGCUUCAGGAGCAGGAAAACCUCAUCACCCAUACCAGAAGGUUGAACAGGAGGGACUCUCAGGAAUGUUGA